AUGCGUGAAAAUUGUGAUCCAAUUUCAAUUGAAAAUUUUGAAUGUGUAACCCGACAGAAUAAUCGAUCAGAUUCUGAAACAAACACAGCAGGUGGAGUGGCAAUUUAUAGAAACUUAUCAUCGACAUCCACGGCCAAAAUUCUCAAAGUUGAUCUGUCGGAUACAACCCGCCUUAUUAGAAACACUGGUGUCGUUUGCUUGGCAGAAGUUACAUGCUUCACCGCUGAUACCACGUUUAAAAUGGUUCUUGGCGCAGUUUAUAUUCAUCCUGGAGCAAGUAUCUCUAACAACAGUGUUCUGCUGCAUCAAGCACUAUUUCCGUAUGUUUACAACAGCCAGUAUGUACAUCCUAUCAUGGAAGUUGAUACCGAUGUACCAAUUCUUCUUUGUGGCGACUUCAACACAAACUUGAAAAAUGACUAA